UUGUAUUGAAUGCAUGGCACGUGUGCAGCAGUGCACUGUGCAGGGGUGGGUACGUGAUGAGUGUGGAAGACACCCCCCCCAAGCUGCUGUCCCCCUCUUCCUGCCAGGCUCUCCGGGCCAGGAAGAGGAGGCCGUAGUCCGGGCUAUACUUGGGCUUAGUAAGUGCGAAGCUGUUUUGGCCUUUAGCCUUGCAGGUCAUCAGAGAAGACGGACAAACAGGAAAACAGGGCCAUCUGGGCCCAGAGCCUGGCCCUAGGAGGCGUGCAGGCCACUGCCUUGGGCUGGGCUGGGCAGGCCUUGGCUGAGCAGGGCCAGGAUCUGUGGCAAGAGCAGGAGGGGAUUGGAAAGAGGGCUCCUGGGCCGGGAGGGAAAAGAUGAGCUGGAGGGCUCAGGGGUCCUGGAUGCCAGGGAGAGGAAGGAGGGAGAGCCCAGCCUUGAGGCCCCUGGGGGGGAAGCCCCUCCCUCAGGCUCUCCACGCAGUGUGCAGGGACAUGAGUGUGUCAUGUGUGCCUUUGUGGGCAUAUGACUGUUGUGCGUCUCUGUGUGUGUGUGUGUGUGUGUGAGAGACAGACAGACAGACAGACAGACUGAGACCUGAAGGCGCCCCCUUCUCCUAGGGCAGGUAGCUGCAGGUGGGGGAGAAGGAAGAGGGUGGGGGUGGCCCUGGGGAGGAAGCUGGCUCUCAUGGGGGCACAUUAAGCCCUGGCUUGAUCCUGCUCCACUCCCCCUUCCUGUCCCUCAUCUCCGGAGGCCCUCAUUGAGGAGGGGAGGGUGCCUCAUAGGCCCGUAGGCCCGGGAGGAGCCAACACUCAUGAACUGGGGAUUGCAUGAGCUCUCACCCCUUCCUCGCCAGGGCCCGAGAGGGACAUUCAAGCUGUGUCACGAAGAAGCUGGGUGCCCUUCAGCCUGGCCUCAGUUUCCCCACUUAUAAAAUGGAGUUGCUGAGAUAACUGAUAUCCCAGAGCCCUGCUGGACCUGAUCUUCUAGCAAGGCGCUCAAGACACCUACCCCGGCCCCAGCCCCGCCACGCUCAUGGCAUCCACCACCUCUGCUGUGCCCUGGACCCUCUCUCCACCUAUCCCACCUGGCAACAGCAGCAAGGAGCAGCUGGACGCCCGGGACCCGCGGCUCGUCCAGGCGGAGCUGGCCCUGCUCUCCACGGUCUUUGUGGCUGUGGCCCUGAGCAAUGGCUUGGUGCUGGGGGUCCUAGCACGCCGGGGCCGGCGGGGUCGCUGGGCACCCAUGCAUGUCUUCAUUGGCCACUUGUGCCUGGCCGACCUGGCCGUGGCUCUGUUCCAAGUACUGCCCCAGCUGGCCUGGGAUGCCACGGACCGCUUCCGUGGGCCUGAUGCCCUGUGCCGGGCAGUCAAGUACCUGCAGAUGGUGGGCAUGUAUGCCUCCUCCUACAUGAUCCUGGCCAUGACACUGGACCGCCACCGCGCCAUCUGCCGCCCCAUGCUGGCAUACCGCCACGGAGGUGGAGCUCACUGGAACCGGCCGGUGCUGGUGGCCUGGGCCUUCUCGCUCAUUCUCAGCCUGCCCCAGCUUUUCAUCUUUGCCCAGCGUGACGUGGGAAAUGGCAGUGGGGUCCUCGACUGCUGGGCCCACUUUGCUGAGCCCUGGGGCCUCAGAGCCUAUGUCACCUGGAUCGCCCUAAUGGUGUUUGUGGCACCUGCCCUGGGCAUCGCUGCCUGCCAGGUGCUCAUCUUCCGAGAGCUUCAUGCCAGCCUGGCGCCAGGGCCAGCAGACAGGGCUGGGGGUUGCCGUGGAGGGCACCGGACAGGCAGUCCCAGUGAGGGGGCCCGGGUGUCAGCAGCCAUGGCCAAGACCGUGAGGAUGACACUGGUGAUCGUGAUUGUCUACGUGUUGUGCUGGGCACCUUUCUUCCUCGUGCAGCUGUGGGCAGCGUGGGACCCGCAGGCGCCCCUGGAAGAGGCCCCGUUCGUGCUGCUGAUGCUGCUGGCCAGCCUCAACAGCUGCACCAACCCCUGGAUCUACGCCUUCUUCAGCAGCAGCGUCUCCUCCGAGCUGCGCAGCCUGCUCUGCGGGGCCCACGGUCGGGCCCCACCCAGCCUGGGGCCCCAAGACGAGUCCUGUGCCACCGCCAGCUCCUUCCUGGCCAAGGACACUUCCUCCUGAGAAGUCAGGGGGCGCCUGCGUUCUAGGGGCUCUGCGAACCCCAGCUGCCUACCUGGGAAUGGGCUCCAGGCUAGGAGCCAGAGCUCAGCUCCUUGGUGCGGGGCACGGGG